AUGAGUCUACUGUUCGAGAUUAUAUCCAAUUUGAGGUCCACCACGCCAGCCACUGUUUUCCGGGUUGGUAUACUCUACUUAAACCCUCUUGAUCUUGGCUGGAAUCCGUAUGUCGCUAGUUGGAUUGACAAUAGUGAUAAUGUAUCCGAAAAAGCUGCUCUUCUGGUACUGUUUGAUAAAUAUGUGCCCAUAUCUGUUUGGAAGCGCUUAAAACAAAAUUCAAAAUCAUGA